AUGAUUUUAACAAUAGUGCGUCAGCUAUAUCUCAUGUACAAGCGACCCUCUCGUUCAGAAAGAUCUAAAGGUCUUCAAAAGACUGAUAAUAAAUACAAGUCCCAAGGCCACCCUCUUCAAACUGCUCUGUCGUCUCUUCCCCAACUAGCUAUCUCACUCGCCAUCCUAUUUAUGAUUGUUGUCACAAACACCUCCAACCAACAGCCAAAUGCUUACAGCUCUCUCACAAAUAACGAUACGCUUCAUAGUCUUCUGUGGCUAACUAUAGCAUCAGCCGGAUCUUUGUGUCUCGGGUCUGUCUUUAUAUACUUGCAAAUAAAUAACGCCAAUUACAAGGACUGGAAAGAGCAUUCCUGGACACGCCAAGCAAUCCAGAUCGCCAGUAUUGCAUUCGUUAUUACCAUACCAAGUUCUCAUAUCGCUCUGUGGCCUAUAUAUGGGUGGACGACCCCCUUUGUGGUCAUUCCAGCCUUUGUUACUAUCUUCACCUGUCUACACAUCGGCACUACAUUCUUGUCUUGA